GAGGCCUCCAAGAGCACUCCCAAGAAGGCCCCCCGAGGCAAUCCGUAGCCAUUUUGGCUCAAGCAGCAGCCGCGGUUCAAGGUCCGGCUGGCCAGGCCACCUCGGGUAAAGCGGCAACGCGGGCUGCGCGUUUGGCCAAGCUGAGCAGGCGGGCCAGGUCGCAGGCCGCGGCUGGGCAUGGCUGAGGGCGCCGCCAGGAUGCCGCCCGCAUGCCGGACCGCGAGCGACAGCGACACGGACCAGACGGCCUCGGCCGCUGCGUCCGCGACGGGCGCGGCCCUGGGGUCCAGGCCCCUGACCUCCGUCCGGGCCACUGGCGACAGCAGCAGCGGCGACGAGGAGGACGCCGCCGCCAGCGCGCGGCGCCCCGUGCGGCCCUUGCCUGGCAAGGGCGCCCCGGCGGCAGCGGCGGGCGGCUGCCGGCGGCGGCCAGGGGCAAGGGCGACGGCCGAGCAGGCUUCCCCCGCCCCAGCGGUCGAACCGUUCGACCGCGGCGUCCACUUCCGGGCUGGAAUGCCUGCGACGCUGACCGCAGCCGCACUGGCGAAGCACGACGAGCAGAAGGACGGCUCGUCGGAGGCCAAGGGCGGCGGCCGCGGCGGGCUCGCGGCGGGGGAGCGCGCCGAAUGGGCGAAACGGAACCUCGAGUGGCUCGAGCGCACGAGUGGCAGGCUCGCCGACGUGCCCGCGCACACGCUGGAGCUGCUGUGGAGUCAGCAGAGGAUGCAGCGGCGGCGCGAGAGGCGCCCGUGCUCCCAUGCGCUGUCGGGCCGGUGGACGUCUGUUCUGUCGCUGGACGUGCCCUGCGGCGCGGGCCGCCAGUCGCGCAGCGACGCGGCGAUGAUCAGGCAGAGCCUGGAUUCGUGGCAGGGGCGCAAUGCCAGGCGUGAUGCGGCUGACGCGGCCCAGAAGCCGGCGGAGGUGCCUCGUUGUACUUAGGUAGUUCGUCGGGAACGAGGAGGGAGAGGGGACGAGAGUACACCUAAGAUGCAGGGAGGAGUUACAAGGAACCGGGGUUCACGAGCGAUGGAGCAGCAGCUUCCGCACGACUCGUUAGGGCCGGGUAUUGCUUUACCUUCUGCGGCGCCUCUUCCACUGUACAAGUUGGAUGGAGGAAGUGGUGGCAGUAUGUUUUUCCUGCCUUUCCUGCUGCUCGUUGCCAUCUUCGCUACCAUCGCCGUCAGUAUGGACAAGGUUACUUGAGUCGGUCCUGGGCGUCGAGAUUUUCGGCGCCUCUUCUUCUUCCGCGGCGACGAGCGGGGUUGGUGUGCGGUCCCCUCACUCACUAGUGAAAUUGACCUGGGAGACAGGAGUGGGACCCUGCAAAACGAUGCUGCUUCUAUCCGCCCCAUGAGGUGUGCGCUCACGCUUCGCGCCGUUGGUCUCAGAGGAUUUCUUAGCUGCUGUCUGCGCGAUGAGGUGUGCGCUCACGCUUCGCGCCACUGAUCUGCCUGGAAAGUUCGAUGGCAGGUCUUGGGCCAACAAUGCGCGAUCGCAGUGGCUGACCAGGCAACUGUGAGUCCUUCGCGCUCUGGCUUCUGCUCUGAAGCGCUUGUGCUCCAGGCAAGAUUUUUCCGUAGUCUCUGCAAUGGGAUGGGGCGCAGCUGAUUGGCAUGGUUGGUCGUUUCCCGUUCCCUCCCCGUCCUCCGAUGGUCGCUUCCUUCUUUAUGGUACUCCCGGACACCUGGUACUGCUUAUUUUUAAGAACCGAAUUAGCAGGCCGUGGUGCUGCUCGCCUCUACAGUUCUUCUCUUGAUCCAAGGUCGGUCGCAGCACCUGCCUCAGGAUUGCCCGCUCGUGGAGAAAAAAAAAGAAGGCCCC